UCUUCCCUCCAAAGAAAUCGCAGCUGCCACAUCACCGCAGACUCUCAGAUCACACCGCAGCUUGAGACAAUGGCCGCAACCUCCGCCGCUCCGUCUGCAGUCCUCGGCCUCGGCUCCGCCACUCUUUCAUCCCGGAAGAGACCGGCACUCCUUGCCUCAGAGCUCGUCCGGUCUCCGGUCAGGGCGAGGAAUCCUCUUAGCGUGGCCCGUGCCUCCGGCGGAAAAUUCACAUGCUUUGAGAGGAACUGGUUGCGAACCGACUUCAACGUGAUAGGGUUCGGGCUGAUCGGGUGGCUCGCUCCGUCGAGCAUCCCGGCGAUCAAUGGGAAGAGCUUGACGGGGCUCUUCUUUGAGAGCAUCGGCGCCGAGCUUGCCCACUUCCCAACCGGCCCCCCCCUUACUUCCCAGUUCUGGCUAUGGAUGGUUACAUGGCACUUUGGGCUGUUCCUUUGCCUCACUUUCGGCCAGAUUGGGUUCAAGGGCAGGACCGAGGACUACUUCUGAGAAUGUAUCCGACAAUCUCUCUGUAUAUUUUCUUAGCCCCUCAUCUCCUUGUGCUUCAAAAACAUGUACCUUAAUCUUGGCAAAUUUUAUGAUUCAGCCCCUGAACUUUCGUCUAAAUUCCAAUUUGGCCGUUCAGUUCUUCUUCUUGCUCUGUCUGUCGAUUGGAAACUCUAUGGAAGUGAAAGAGAGACAGAAAGUAAGAACAGGUUUUCCCUUA